CCACUCCCACAGGACUCCGCGCUGCGGCUUCCUACCAGUCUCUUCUCGGAACGAUCCUUCUAUGAUUAUGAAGCCGUUUGCUCCCUCGACAGCAGUAAUUUCUAGUCAUUAACGCUGCCGUUUUCCGUUGGACUCUUGGGAUAUCUUCUCCGCAUCAUUCUCGGCCCGCACCCGGCAGCGCCACCCGGGCCUUUGGCCUAAACAGGCACGAACAAAACAUGGACGACACGUCGAGCGGCCCUCUAGAGGCAAACGCGACGAAGGCGGUCAAGGACAAGAGCUGUCCGUACUGCCACCAGGCCUUUACUUCUUCGUCAUUGGGCCGCCAUCUCGACCUCUACAUCCGGGAGAAGAACCCAAAGGCUCCAGAUGGGGUGCAUGAUGUAGAUGCCAUACGAAAACUGAGGCAAAACAUUACCCGUCGGCAACCCAAGGGUGCUGUGGCUCGACGAGCCACGUCAGCUUCGGUGGGGACUCCGACCACAGCGUCGAGAAGAAGUCCCGCUUCCGGGGAUGCCGACUCAUCCGCCGCAAGGUCUCCGCUAUCCCAGAAAGACAGCUCAAAGGCUGGGACCGCCGCAGAAAGCAAAUACCCGUUCAAGCCGCGCUGGGAAACUACGGGGGUAAUUAAUGACCUUGCCGUUCGGGGAGUUGGAGCCGGAGCAACCGGGGACGCCGGAGGGGACGGGACCGGCAGGGGAGCGAGGCCAGGGCCCUCCCAGCGCUCCGUUUGCAGACAGACGCUCAAGCAGCAUCUCGACAUGAGACAACAGAUCCAGGACGCUGAAGACAAGUCGAGGGCUUCAGAGUUAGCAUUGAGGGAGCUAGUCAGUUCAUUGCGAGCCGCCAAGUAUCAAAUCGAUAUUGACUCGACGCCCUUCGACUUUGAUCCAUUUUCGCUGGACUUUCCGGCUCUGACACUGCAAUGUCUCGAGCCCCCACCGACCCUCUUUGCCUCAACGCAGCACCCAACGCCCACGUCAUGGUCAAUCUCACCGCCGGGGCAGACUCAACUUGAAGCGCUCCACGCUCACUUCCAGGAAGAGUUUAGGCGGUGGAAGGUUACCUGCGCAGCAGCCACAACCGCCUUCAGUGAAGAGUUGACCUGCCCCCCAUCCUCAGAACACGUGAGAACAGACUCCAAGGCCGAAGUGCUCAAGGCGGAGAAGGCAGCUGUGCAGAUGGAAAAGCAUGUCUAUGACCAUCUGGGAGCCACCUACUCGAUCUGGAACGGUCUCGCACAAGAGCAGCGUGAGCAGCUUUGGAGAUUGGAAUUGGCGCGGGGCGUCGGCAGAAAACGAAAAGAGGUGGACAAGCUAAAGGAAGGGCAACACCUACUCCGACAAGAGAAUGCGAACCUCAAAAUCCAGAUCGAGCAACUGGCCCGUCUGCAACAGCCGCGCGAAUUCAACAUCGCGCCUCCAUCGACCGUCUACGUCGGCGAGAAGCUGAUGACGCACAUGGUGGAGGGAGGGGUGGCGGACGGAAAGAACUUCGUCGGCUUGAACCUUGCCGAUCGGCAUUCAGACCUGAGCACUGUCGUCUCGUCGGUCAUCGACCGGUGGAGAAAGGUGAUUGUGUCAACUCGCUCGGCGAGUGGCGGCCUCCAAGCACAGCGGUCCCUCAAUGUAGGGAGCGCUGCCCCGAGCCCGCGAGGCUCGAUCGGGGAUGUGUCGCCGACAAAUCAGCAGCAAGGGCUACGUCUGCCCCAGCAGUCCUUCGGAGGUCGCCGAAACCGGCCCCAGCCACGCCAACUCUCCAUAGCUAGCUAUGGGGGGACGAGCUAUCCCGCCUCGAUCGCCUCGCCCACUUCAGCCCUCACUCCGCGGAUUCCAACAACACCGGCCAUUCCUAGCACGGCACCUUCCAUAAGUAUUCAUGCCGAUGACGAAGACGAGGACAUGAGCGAUCGGGAUGCUGGGUCGGGCGCCGAAGCAAACGCUGAGGCGGAACAAGAGCCGAACGCAGAUGGAGACGCCGAAGGUGAUACCGACGCAGAUGCCGAUGCCGAUGCUGAUGCCGACGCGGACGCGGACGCUGACAUGGAAGACGAUCCUGGCGGGUAUAUCGAUGCCCAACUCCAACCACUCCAGCAACAGCAGCAGCUGCAGCAGCUGCAGCAACAACAGCAACACCCGGUUGUGCCCGUGCCGUUACCGUCACAGCAUAUGGGGCAACUGGAAGUAGCACGGACACGCCAACAGAUGGGAGGUGGAAGGAGGAGCAAUACCGACGACGGCACGGCAAGCUAUGUAGGUCUCGGUCAGGGACAGGUGCACGUGCGGGGCCGGAUGCCGAGCUGGGCUUGAGAGAUCCGAAGAAAAGCUAAGUGAGAGCGUUGGCACCGGCGUGGAUGUAGACGAGGGAGGUGGCCUCGUCUUGUGGUGGGCUCCAUGGCCAGAAGCACCAAAUUUGGGAGGAUGUGUUGGAUAUCAAUGACUUGUAAUAAUCACUAGACUAUAGACGAAACCCGGAAACGGCCGUGUACAUGUACACGAUGCAUACCGUAGUUACAGAA